CACCACAGUCAACAGUAGCGAUGUCAUUUCUGCGCAGGUCAAAGCUUUUUUGCAAAAAACUGAAAACAGCCAAAAGAACAACAUUAGCCUUCACGUUCUUUCCCCGUGUGUUGCAACCAGCCUCCACCCUUUUUAUUUUUUUGUUUUUCAGCGUCACAUCCCCCUGGCCGGAGGAAUGUAGAGACAGAGUGUUUUAAAAAUAGCAUCCUCCUCUCUGACAGCGCUGCUCCGCUGGCUCCGCGGCACUGUGGUGCGAGAAGCAGGAAUGCGAAGAUGGCUGCAGACCUCGGAGAGCUGCUGGUCCCAUACAUGCCCACCAUCAGAGUGCCCAAAACAGGAGACAGGGUUUUCAAGAGCGAGUGCGCCUUUUCCUUCGACUCUCCAGAGUCAGAGGGAGGCCUGUAUGUGUGUAUGAACACAUUCCUGGGCUUUGGACGGGAACAUGUGGAGAGACAUUAUCGCAAAACAGGACAGAGCGUUUACAUGCACCUCAAACGACAUGUCAAAGAGAAAGCCACAGGAGCUGCAGGAGGCGCCAUCCCCAGACGAAGAAAUGGAAAAGUGUUUCUAGAUUUAGAGCUAAACCGUGAUUUUAACGGAGAGGACUAUGAAUAUGAAGACGAGGUCAAGCUUGUCAUUUUUCCAGACCACUUCGAGAUCGCCUUACCAAAUAUUGAGGAGUUGCCUGCUCUGGUGACCAUCGCCUGUGAUGCAGUGCUCAAUGCACCAUCAGCUUACAAGAAGCAGGAGCUUGAAUCCUGGGAUGAGGAGAUCCAGGUGUCCAGACAUGCCAGGAGCCUCAGACAACUGGAUAAUGGGGUCAGGAUCCCACCCAGUGGUUGGAAGUGUCAAAAGUGUGAGAUGAGAGAAAACCUGUGGCUGAACCUGACAGAUGGAGCAGUGCUCUGUGGGAAGUGGUUCUUUGAUGGGAGCGGAGGCAACGGCCAUGCUCUGGACCACUACAAAGAGACCAAAUACCCCCUGGCUGUCAAACUGGACACCAUCACCCCUGACGGAGCAGAUGUCUACUCAUUUGAGGAGGAAGAAGCUGUGUUGGAUCCCCACAUAUCAGAACACUUGUCACACUUUGGAAUAGACAUGCUACAGAUGCAGAAAAGAACCGAGAAUGGUCACCACACAGACAAUAACUCCCGGCCACGGGUCAGUGAAUGGGAGGUGAUCCAGGAGUCUGGCAUGAAGCUGAAAGCGGUGUUUGGCUCUGGUUACACAGGCAUCAAAAACCUGGGAAACAGCUGCUACCUCGGCACAGUGCUACAGGUCCUCUUCAGCAUCCCAGACUUUCAGAGGAUGUAUGUUGGUAAUCUUCAGAGAAUAUUUGACUAUUCACCCCUUGACCCCACCCAGGACUUCGCCACACAAAUGGCUAAACUGGGACAUGGACUGCUCUCAGGCCAGUACUCCAAACCACCCAUGAAAUCUGAGCUCAUUGAACAGGUGAUGAAAGAAGAACACAAGCACCAGCAGAAGGGCGUCUCUCCCCGGAUGUUAAAGGCCUUGGUCAGCAGGGGACACCCAGAGUUCUCCUCUAACAGACAACAAGAUGCCCACGAGUUCUUCCUGCACAUCAUAAAUGUGGUGGAGAGGAACAGUGCAGGCUCGGAGAACCCAAGUGAUGUCUUCCGCUUCCUGGUGGAGGAGCGAGUUCAGUGCUGCCAGACACGUCGGGUUCGUUAUACUCAGCGGGUGGACUACUGCAUCCAGCUGCCAGCCCCCAUUGAGGCGGCCACCAAUCGAGAGGAGCUGCUGGCAUACGAGGCCAAGCAGAGGGACGCAGAGGAGAACAUGCAGGCUCCUCCUGAGCCAGUCAGAGCACGGAUCCCCUUCACUGCCUGCCUGCAGGCCUUCACAGAGCCGGAGAAUGUCCCUGACUUCUGGAGCUCAGCGCUGCAGGCAAAGUCAGCCGGAAUCAAAACUUCCCGUUUUGCCUCCUUCCCAGAGUAUCUGGUUUUGCAGAUAAAAAAAUUCACAUUUGGGGUUGACUGGGUGCCAAAGAAACUAGACUUGGCCAUAGAUGUCCCGGACUUUCUGGAUCUGAGCCGGCUGCGGGCCACUGGGCUGCAGGCGAGUGAAGAGGAGCUGCCUGACCUUAUGCCUCCCAUUGUGCUACCUGAAGACACCAGAGAUAACUCCAUGGGCUCUAUGGACUCUCCAGAAAUAGACGAGGCAGCAGUAAUGCAGCUGGCGGAGAUGGGCUUUCCGCUGGAGGCCUGUAGGAAGGCGGUCUACUACACAGGCAACAUGGGCCCAGAGAUGGCCUUCAACUGGAUCAUUGCACACAUGGAGGAGCCUGACUUUGCAGAACCCCUCACUCUGCCCUCCAUGAUGGAUCCGGGUCCCUCCACCAGCGACAGCCCCAUGGGCGCCACCCUCUUGGGCAACUCGCCCCCCGAGGAGAGCAUCGCCAUCCUCACUUCAAUGGGCUUUCCCCGCGCCCACAGCAUCCAGGCACUUAAAGCCACGAACAACAACCUCGAACGAGCACUGGACUGGAUCUUCACCCACCCAGAGGAGGAGAGUGACGCCCUUUCAGACAUGGCCGACACGGAGCCUAACGGCAAUGCUUUGUCUAACACCAACUCACACAGCGACUCCACACUGUCCCCAGACAGAGACGCGUCGGGCCCUCGGGUCAAAGACGGACCGGGACGUUAUGAGCUCUUUGGUUUCAUCAGUCACAUGGGAACAUCCACAAUGUCUGGACAUUAUGUUUGUCACAUCAAAAAGGAGGGAAGGUGGGUGAUCUACAACGACCACAAAGUGUGUUUGUCAGAAAGGCCUCCAAAAGACUUGGGCUACAUCUACUUUUACCAUCGACUGUCUAGCAGUUAAACUGAAGUCUUCCCCCCCCCCCC